CUAGCAACGGGUCUCAGUAUAAAAGGCGGCGGCCGCGGCGUAGCCGGUUUUAUUCUGUCUCAUCGCGGCGUGUGGCGCUGGUCGGGAGGGAAGCUUCCUUUUUUUUUAAAUUAAUUUCUUCGAUGGACACAGUCUUCGUAAAUGUUUUUUAAGAACGAACAAGUCACAAAGGUAUUCCACGGCUACACAGAGAGCCCAGACCUUGCAUUGUAUCUUCGAGGGUUUAACUCGGUUGGAAAGCCACCUUGGCGAGACAGCUGAGUGCUGCUUUUAAAUAGAUUCCAUCUCUUACUUGUCCAUUUUGUUGCAUAUUGUGAAUUCCUGCUUUGCUCCUACAAAUCUCACAAUGAAUGACUUCAGCAAUGAUGAAUUUGACUUCACCUUCCUUGAAGAAGGAUUCAGUGCCAGAGAUAUUUUGGAAAGCAAGAUCAAUGAAGUUUCUCAGUCUGACGACAAAGAUGCUUUUUACGUUGCGGACUUGGGUGACAUUGUUAAGAAGCAUGUGAGGUGGCACAGAGUCCUUCCUCGAGUGACUCCAUUUUAUGCUGUCAAAUGCAACGAUGAUAAGGCUGUUGUAAAAACUCUUGCCACUUUAGGUGCUGGAUUUGAUUGUGCUAGCAAGAUGGAAAUUCAAUUGAUACAGAACCUUGGUGUUCCAGUUGAGAAAAUAAUCUAUGCUAAUCCAUGCAAGCAAUUGUCUCAAAUCAAAUAUGCAGCCACACAUGGGGUACAGAAGAUGACAUUUGAUAGUGAAGUGGAACUGAUGAAAGUAGCAAGAUGUCACCCAAGUGCAAAACUAGUUCUGCGCAUUGCUACUGACGACUCCAAGGCUAUUUGCCGCUUGAGCGUGAAGUUUGGAGCAACACUUAAAACUAGUAGACUUCUUCUUGAACGUGCCAAAGAACUGAAUGUUGAUGUUAUUGGAGUAAGCUUUCAUGUGGGAAGUGGUUGUACAGACGCACAAACAUAUGCCCAGGCUAUUGCAGAUGCUCGUUUUGUUUUUGAUAUGGGGGUAGAGUUUGGUUUCCAGAUGUACUUGCUUGACAUCGGUGGUGGAUUUCCUGGUUCAGAGGACACAAAGCUCAAAUUUGAAGAGAUUGGAGCUGUUGUCAAUUCUGCAUUGGAUAAAUAUUUCCCAACUGAUUGUGGAGUAAACAUCAUUGCUGAGCCUGGCCGGUUUUAUGUAGCAUCUGCCUACACGCUUUGUGCUAACAUCAUUGCCAAGAAGGUGGUCUUCACUGAACAGAACAGCUCUGAUGGUGAAGAUGAAGGUGAAAAUGACAGAACCAUUAUGUACUACAUAAAUGAUGGGGUCUAUGGAUCAUUCAACUGCAUACUGUAUGAUCAUGCUCAUGUGAUGCCAGUUCUCCUCAGGAAACAAAAAUCUGAUGAGAGGCUGUACUCGACCAGUAUUUGGGGCCCAACUUGUGAUGGUCUUGAUCGUAUUGUUGAACGUUGUGAUAUGCCAGAGUUGCAAGUUGGUGAUUGGAUGGUGUAUGAGAAUAUGGGAGCUUACACAGUUGCUGCUGCUUCAACAUUUAAUGGAUUUCAAAGGCCCCAAGUCUUCUAUGUUAUGUCAAGGCCAGCCUGGCAAUUAAUGCAGCAAAUUGAGGAGAAUGACUUUCCCACUCAAGCUGAGGAUCAUGCUGCUAAUACUAUAAUGGCAUCCUGUGCCUGGGAGAGUGGUUUGGAGCUGCUUUGUUCCUGUUCUACAUCAGCAAGAGUUAAUGUCUGAACUAUUGAUAUAAGGUUGAGCAGCCCAUUGGCGAUUAACUGUACAAGGAGGGUGGGGUAAAAAUAUUAAAUGACUGGCUUUGGGGGCCAGUCACUGAAGCAAAAGUUGUUUGCUUGAAUUUUAAAAUAUGCAUUAGUUUGUGUAUGCAACAAAAUGGUUGACUAAGAGAUGGGAUCACAUUCUAAAGUGUUCCUAUGGAAACUUGUUUAUACUUUUAUAACUUUGUAUUUUUAUUUGAUCUUUAAAUAAAAGAAUUUAUUAGAACUUAA